UUCUUCUCUGCUUUCAAUUUGUCACACUAUCAAUUUCUAUGCAUUCAUCUCUUACUACAACUAACCUGUUUCAUCUCUGUAAUGUAGAAUUGGCCUUUACAUUUACAAAUUGUUUAUUAUUCAAUCCAGGAGGAUGAAAUUGAAAGGAGGGCCAAACAAAGCCUGUGCUGCAUGCAAGUUUCAGAGAAGAAGGUGCUCUUCCGAUUGCUCUCUGUCCCCAUUCUUCCCAGCUGAUCAGCCUAAGAUCUUCAACGACGUGCACCGCCUCUUCGGAGUUUCUAAGGUGAUCAAAAUCCUGAAGAAAAUGAGGGACCAUGACCAAAAAGUUGAUGCAAUGAAAUCAAUCAUCUUUGAGUCCUAUAUCCGCGAAAAAUACCCUGUUCAUGGCUGCUUCGGCAUUAUCUCACAGCUUGACCAGGAGCUUCAUCAAGCUACCGAAGAGCUUCAUUAUGUCCGCGCACAGCUCUCAAUGCUGAAAGAAAACAAUUCCCAAUCUUCUCAGAUCAUGAAUUCGUAUGAUGUGGCCAGCGAAAACAAUGACAAUGGUGCAUUUUACUCGGACCAGUCUGGUGAUCAAACUAAAUCUUUCAUGAAUCUAAAUAGUUAUUAUUCGGAUGGUAUGAGUGAUGACAACAAAUUGUUAGAAAUUCAAACACAAUUUGGUGACUCGAAUACAUUUGCCCUUAACCAUAGCCAAGUGGGAGAAGCUUCUGAUCAAGAUUAUGAUAUCAUGAACUUGUAUGCAAUUGAUGAUCAAUCAUCCAAAGAAGCUUGUGAAUCAAGCUCAGAAUCAUCGUGCAAAGACGGGAAACAACAAGUUGAAUUAGUGCCGAAGAAUGAACUCAAGAGUGCGGCCGCGUACUUCAGUCUCAUGAGCAUCAACUCUGAUCAAGUUACCCACCCGGUAGUGCAGUAGAAUUUUAUAUCAAGUUUUCAUUCUUGAUGAAUUAAAAAAAUUUAACUGUCUCUUUACAUUCGAUUUCACAUUUUCAAUCUAUAAAGACACAUCUUAUAGAAAUGUUCAAUCCACGCAAUUGUUUUCU